AUGAUUGCAAGAGAGAUGGAAAAUGCUAUUUCAAGUGUUGAUCCAAAUGAAAAAAUUGAAAGUGGUAGUUUUAGACUUUCUCCAGAUGGAGAACAAAAUCUAGUCAAGACAAGUUAUGCUAGAUCAGAACUUCAUUUAAUGGAAACAUUAGAAAGUAUUUGUAGUAAUGUUCAAAAUUAUGGUUAUUCAUUAAAAAAUUCAUCUGGUAAAAUGCAUUACUUACCAAAAGAUUGGAUCUCAACAGAAGACGAUAAAAUUACAGAAGAUUUAACAAGAAAAUUAUUAGAUGGUUGUGAGGAAUUUGUUGAUGAAUAUCAUGAUGAUAUUCUUAAGAUUAUGAAAAAUGAAAACCAAGAAGUUUUUAAAAAUCUAUGUCAUACUAAGAUAAAUGUCUGUUCAUUAGUUGAUGUCAAUGUUUUUUCCACCAAAAAAUUAAAGGAAGAGCUUUGA